ACUCCUCUGGCCGGCAGUCUGGUGGAGACUCGUCAGAAGUCUCCUCCGAAGAUUCACAUUUCACAGAGGAAGGCAGUGCUCCAUUUCGCUGAGAGCUUAGGGCAAACGAAGGGGUCCUUUUUUGCCUAUCCAAGUUCACGGACACCAUGAACCCCACCCACGGGUCCCCUUGGGCCCCAGUUUAAGCAUCUGCGGUCUACAUUGGCCUCGGAGGAUUCCUUAGCCCUCCCGGAUCCCCAGCCUACACAAGGAGAAGAGUCAGCGGUUAAUACUUCGGACUUAAAAGUAAACCCUCCUUAAAUACCGGAAUUAACGCUGAUCUGGGGGAUAAAGAGAGCCUUUAGAGUUGCAAAUCCCCAGAGAUCUGGGAAAAAGGAGGCGGCUGGAGCCAGCAUGGAUUCAGGAACCCACCUCGGGGCAAAAGAAAAAGAAAAAAAAAAAAAAAAAAAGGAUUUCCUGGUUUUCCUCUGGGCCGGAGAAGAAAUCUGCAAUGGCUUUGCGCACCCUUCAGGGCUGCGGGGCUGUGCGACUUUAGGUAAUGGGCAGAUCAGAAAGCCAGAUGGAUAUAACUGAAAUCAACAGCCCCAAGCCAAAGCCCAAGCAUCGAUGGACCUCCCUGGAGCUCAGCCUUUCGGUCCUCGUGCUUCUGCUCACCAUCAUAGCCAUCACCAUGAUCGUUCUGUAUGCAACCUAUGAUGAUGGAAUUUGCAAGUCAGCAGAUUGCAUAAAAUCAGCUGCUCGGCUGAUUCAGAACAUGGAUGACACCGUCAACCCUUGUACAGACUUUUUCAAAUAUGCCUGUGGAGGCUGGUUAAAGCGGAAUGUUAUUCCAGAGACCAGCUCACGUUACAGUAACUUUGACAUUUUAAGAGAUGAACUAGAAGUCGUUCUGAAAGAUGUUCUUCAAGAGCCAAAAACUGAAGAUAUAGUAGCAGUACAGAAAGCCAAAACAUUGUACAGAUCCUGUAUUAAUGAAUCUGCCAUUGACAGCAGAGGUGGUGAACCCUUGCUAAAACUCUUGCCAGAGAUCCAGGAUUGGCCAGUUACAAUGGACAACUGGGAAACCGUAUAUGGUGCUUCUUGGACAGCUGAAAAAUCCAUUGCGGAUUUGAACUCUAAAUUUGGGAAAAAAGUCCUGAUCAAUUUUUUUAUUGGCACAGAUGAUAAGAACUCCACAAAUCAUAUUAUUCAUAUUGAUCAGCCUCGACUUGGCCUGCCAUCACGUGACUACUAUGAAUGCACCGGCAUAUAUAAGGAGGCCUGCACAGCAUAUGUGGAGUUCAUGAUCGCCGUGGCUAAACUGAUCCGGCAGGAUAAAGGACUGGCCAUUAACGACACGCAGAUUACCCAGGAAAUGAAUCGAGUCAUGGAGCUGGAAAAAGAGAUUGCCAAUGCCACCACUAAACCUGAAGACCGGAAUGACCCAAUGCUCCUCUAUAAUAAAAUGACCCUAGCCCACAUCCAAAACACCUAUACAUUAGAGAUCAAUGGACAGCCGUUCAACUGGGCAAAUUACACAAAUGCAAUCAUGUCAACUGUGAAAAUUAGUGUUGCAAAUGAGGAAGAUGUGAUUGUGUAUGCUCCCGAAUAUUUAACCAAACUUAAGUUCAUUCUUACCAAAUAUUCUGCCAGAGAUCUUCAAAAUUUUAUGUCCUGGCGGCUCAUUAUGGAUCUCGUAAGCAGCCUCAGCCGAAACUACAAGGAGUCGAGAAAUGCUUUCCGGAAGGCUCUUUAUGGCACAACAUCUGAAACAGCCACUUGGCGACGUUGUACUAAUUAUGUCAAUGGGAACAUGGAAAAUGCCGUUGGACGGCUUUACGUAGAAGAAGCAUUUGCUGGCAACAGUAAACAUGUGGUAGAAGAUCUGAUUGCACAGAUUCGAGAAGUUUUCGUUCAGACUUUAGAUGACCUCACUUGGAUGGAUGCAGAGACCAAAAAGAAAGCCGAAGAUAAGCAAGAUAAACUAAAAGCAGGGUGUGGCUUUCAUAUUUCUAACCAAAAGCAACAUCUUCUAUGAUUUGUUUAGUUGAAUUACAAAGAGGAAGAAUACUUUGAGAAUAUCCUGAAAAACCUGAUGUUUGGCCAAAACAAACAACUCAAAAAACUCCGAGAAAAGGUGGACAAGGAAGAGUGGAUAAGUGGGGCAGCCGUGGUCAAUGCUUUUUAUUCUUCUGGCCGAAACCAGAUUGUUUUCCCAGCUGGCAUCCUACAGCCUCCCUUCUUCAGUGCACAACAGCCCAGCUCCUUGAACUAUGGUGGAAUUGGCAUGGUGAUAGGACAUGAAAUCACACAUGGCUUUGAUGACAAUGGUAGAAACUUCAAUAAGGAUGGGGAUCUUGUUGAUUGGUGGACUCAAGAAUCAGCCAACAAUUUCAAAGAACAGUCACAAUGUAUGGUAUACCAAUAUGGAAACUUUUCGUGGGACUUAGCAGGUGGACAACAUCUCAAUGGAAUCAACACUCUGGGUGAAAACAUUGCUGACAAUGGAGGCAUUGGGCAAGCAUACAGGGCCUAUCAGAAUUUUGUGAAAAAGAAUGGAAAAGAAAAGUUGCUUCCUGGCCUUAACCUCAACCACAAACAGCUGUUCUUCUUGAACUUUGCUCAGGUAUGGUGCGGGACAUACAGGCCAGAAUAUGCUAUCAACUCCAUCAAAACCGAUGUUCACAGUCCAGGCAAUUUCAGGAUCAUAGGAACUUUGCAGAACUCGCCAGAGUUUUCAGAAGCCUUUAGCUGUCGCAAGAACGAUUAUAUGAAUCCAGAAAAGAAGUGUCGUGUGUGGUGAUGCUAGAAAGAAGUAGCAAAGGCCAAGGACAGAUGGACUUCUCUGGACAGCAGAAAAAAAUCUGGAACUUUCUACAGCAGAAAAAAAAAUAUGCACCAAACUCACUGUAAUUAUAAGAGGAUAUUUGAGAAGGGGGGGGAGGGUGCUUCGAGGUAUUCAUUUCAGGUUAAGAAAAGUGACGGCGCAGCCAGAGUUUUAUGUGAGCUGCUCAAGAAAGGGUGAAAGAGAGCCCAGUUUGCUAUCCACUAAGCCUAUCACAACUGUGUACAUAAUGCUUUACUCUUAAAUGGUGGCUUCAGGUUAAGAUCUGUUGCCCAUUUGGUCAGUAGAAUGAAUAUUCUCACUUGGGAACAGGUCGCCUAUGAAUGUAGAUGGGUAUUUCUAAUCAAAGGGAGGAAGAAAAUAUCAAAGAAUCUAGUGGGAUAACAGCUGUGUAAUGAGGACACCACAGUUGGAGAGCAGAGAAUAGGUGCGGGCUGCCACCUCUUUCAAUGGAAAGUAUUGGCUUUUUCUUUCCUCCUGGUCCAUCUGUGCCCUCACCCAAACCCCUUCAAAGCAUCCUUAGAAGAAUGGGGAUUUGGGGCUUGAAGUAAUUUUGAAAAGAAGUCAUUAUCCUGUAAUCACUUUUUUUCUCAUUCCAAGGCAAUUAAUUUGUCAUAAUCAUGUUCAAUAAAGAAAGGAAAAUUUAGGUCUCUCUCUUUCAUCCCCUGCUGACAGAUACUGAGAAUCCCCGAGCUCUCUUGUAAUUUUCUAAACAAUUUCUUGUUCUCUCUAGACUUGGCCUUUUUAAAAGAUUUAUAGUAAUGUAUAAAUCAUAAUUUUUUAUAUUUAAUUAUUAACUAUGUGUAUGACAAAGUAACUGCUAUAUCUAUAUAUGCCAAUGUAGAGAAUUGGAGGCGAUGAUCACCGAUCCACACUUGGGAACUGACGUUUCAGGUUGAGAUAUGGAACAUUUCUUUACAUUAAGGAAACCUCUGCAAACCGCCAUCUGUAAAGUACUGUACAGAUUAAAAUUUGAGACUUUUUUAUGAUUCAUAUUUGCAAAAAAGCUUCAAGCCAGAACUUUUGCAUAAGAUUCACUGUCAGUCAGAUAGGUUCCCCUGUUUUCUCUAGUGUAGAAGCAAGCAGAAAUUUCCCAAAAAAUCAGUAGUAGAUUCAUCUGAUGGGUACUGCAAUGGAUAAAACUGUUUCCAUGCAAUUCCAGUGGGAAUGGAACCAUACUGGGGCAUUAGGGGGCACAGACUCAUUUGGGUAAAUUGAGGCCUUAGCUGGAUGCCCCUCUAAGAGAUGGCCAGGUGGCAAAGACUAAUUUAAGAAUUCCCAAUUAUUAAUUCCACAGCCUCAGUAGGCACUGAUGUUGAUGAAGGCAUCAGUGGAAGGGAGAGGACAGGUCCAGUGGCCUUCAUUAUGCUUGAGUCCACUGUGAUUGGUUAAUUGAAUAAACAUUCAGUAUUAUGACAUCCUAGAAUCCCAGCUUGAGUACAAAAAGGGACCCUAGAGGUCAUCUAAUUCAAAUCUUUCAUUUUCCAAAAGGGAAAAGCGCAAUGACCCAUCCGGUCAAUCCAUUGGUAGACCCAAGCUUUGAACUUGGGACAUCUGACUCCAAAUUCAAUAGUCCAGUCAGAAAUGAUGUGAUAACUAAGUAAAACCAUUGCAGGCUGACUAAUCUAAUGGUAUUAAUUAGCUCAGGCAGCCAAUGGUAUGAGAAAAAAGGAUGAGAAGGGAGAAAUCGCCCCUUUCCACAUUUGUCCAUGGCCUGCGACUAUUUCUGGGACCUCAUGAUAAAGAAGUCAUUUCCUGCAUAUGGCCCUGAUUCCAUGUCAUGCUUAUUUUAUCUUUCAAUGUCACCUGAUGAAAAUGUUUUUAUAAUAAACAAAAAUUGUGAGACCAAUACUCACCAGA